AUGGUGAGAACUCGUGGUGCCUCCUCCAAGAAGAUCCCUGUUUCUCAAUCCCGUAAGGUGCCAUCUCCUUCGCCUCCUCCGUCUGUGUCAAAAGCGCCUCUUUCUGUUCCAACAGCUCCCACAUCUGUUGGAAAGUCCUGCAAAUCCAAGGCUCGCAAGAAGGUGUUUUCGCUCUCUCAUGAACAUCCUAUGGUGUUUUCAGAUAUCUCUGCUGACAUUGUUGCACCACCAUCUGAAGUGGUGGUGCCCUCUCGAGCCAAGGACCAUUCUCCUCUUCCGUUUGAUUCGUCUUUGGAGGCUAGGGCAAAAUCGAAAUCUGUUUCCUCCUCUUCCAAAGCUGCUGCUGCUGGGAAAUUGGGGUUGGACGCGUCUCUUUCUCCUUUGUCUGCUGCCAAGAAAAAAUUGAAGGCUCAUCCCCCUUCAUUGUCAUCCUCCGAAUCUGAUCCUGAGGAAGAUAAGUCCGAAUCUGAAGCAACUCAUGAUACCACAUUGUCUGAUGAAACGGUUCCUGACAUUGCCGAAUCAGAGGCUGAGUCUGAUGAGCCAGAAAAAGAAGACACUAUCCCCUCUGAACAGGAAGCCGAAUCUGACUCAGACCACAUUGCAUCUCCUUUGCCAUCCAAAGCUAAAGGGAAGAAACCUAUUUCUGGUUCUACACCUUCACCAAAACAUUCAGGUGUAAAUUUCAAACCUUAUUCUUCCAUUUUUUGCUAUAAUGAUAAUGCACGUGAUAUGGUUCUAUAUGCUCAAAGGAAAUUUAUCAUUGAAAGAAAUUGUGUCUUGAGUGAUCAUCGUCCUUUUGGUGUGCUAACAAUGCUUCAAGAUAGACAAUGGACAGGUUCUUUGGUUAAAUUUUCUGGUUUUGUGGAUAGAAUAGUCAAGGAAUUCUAUGCCAAUAUUACUAAUGAAAUUAUUGAACCUUCAUCUCCUCUGUAUAAUAAAGUGUUUGUUAGGGGCCAUUGGUUCUCUUUUUCUCCUCAAGACAUUGCUCUUGCUUUGCAUCUUCCCCUUGAUGUCGAGGAUGAUGUUGAUGGUGUUUCUCUUGACAAGGACAUGGUUAUCACUGAGUUGGUCGGUCAAAAAAUGGUAUGGCCAUCUAACACAGUCAUCUCAGUCUCCAAUCUCACCUACACUUAUGCUGUCCUCCAUAAGUUUGCAACAACAAAUUGGAAGCCCACAUCUCACACGGCCACUAUCUCUUUUGAUAUGGCAUCAUUUUUGUACAAAGUGGGGACCGGUCUUGGUUUAAAUUUGGCUUCGGUUAUUCAUGAUCAAAUCAUUGGGUUUCGCAAAGGUAACAGGAAAAACUUGAAUCUUCCUUUUCCUCAAGUUAUUUAUAAAGUGUUGAGUAUGCAGAAACAAGACCUCCAACGUGAUCAAGAAGACUUGGUGGCCCCAACUACUGCUGCUUCCUACAAAGCCUCUGCCCCUCCUACUGAAGCCACUGCUGCUCCAUCCUCCAAGAAAGUCAAGCCCCAAUCCCUGAAGAUUUCUUCGGAUGACAUUCCACAUGCUUCCUCCUCUGUUGCCACAGAUUCAGGACUUGUUGCAACCGAAAUAGUUGCUGUUCGAGCCUCUGUUGAUUCUUUGACUGCUCGAGUGAUGUCACUUGAAGGAUUGCAACGUUCUGUGUUGGAAGCUGUUCAGUCCCUGUCCAAAGAUCCAGUUGUUUAG